UUUCAUUUGUUAAAUAAUGCACAAAAAAUUUAAAGCAAAAGUUUCACAAAAUGUUAACUAAAAUCGCUAGUCAAAUUGUGCGGAGGAGUAAUAUAAAGUCUUACUUCAAUAUCCGUCUCAGUGAUCGAAGCUAUAGUGUAAUAUCUUCUGUUAUUAAAGAAGCGAAUGUUGGCGAAGUAACUGAAGUAAAGGGAUGGGUGAAAAACUUACGAGUUCAGAAAGACCUUGUAUUUGCUGAUAUCAGCGACGGUUCUUGUGCGAAGAAAUUACAAAUCGUUAUACCGAAACACUUGAAAACUGAUGAUUUAACGUAUGGGAGUUCGGUACGUGUUGUUGGAAAACUAUCUAAGAGUCCUAGAGGUCAACUAGAGCUUGCUGCAGAAGAUGUAAAGGUUUUUGGAGAAUGCAUUGUUUUAGACGGUUAUCCAUUCAAUCCUAGAACAACACAUUCUGCUGAAUACAUUCGUCAAUACUUGCAUUUACGUUGUAGAACUAAUUACACUUCAGCUUUACUAAGGAUACGAAAUGCAGUAACUAAGCAUAUUCAUAAUUAUUUUGAUAAUAAAAAUUAUUUACAUAUUCACACACCUAUUUUAACAUCAAAUGAUUGUGAAGGUGCCGGAGAAGUAUUCAAAGUGUUACCUGAUAAUGAAGACACAAUAAAAGCAAUGAUACAGAAAGAUAAGAAUCAUGAUAAUGCUUAUUUUGGUGCUAAAACUUUCUUGACAGUAUCUGGUCAGUUGCAUUUAGAAGCGAUGUGUAGAGGUCUAGGUAAUGUGUACACUUUAGGUCCAACAUUCCGAGCAGAGAACUCGAGGUCCCGAUUGCAUUUAUCCGAGUUCUAUAUGUUAGAAGCGGAAUUAGCAUUCUGUGAUAAUUUGGAAGACUUACAAAGUACUAUUGAGGAUUUAUUGAAGUAUGUUUUUGUUGAAACAAGAAAUACUAAUGAGGAUGAUUUAUAUUUGAUAGAUAAAGAGAGAAAUAAACCUCCCAGUUGGUUGGAAAAGGAGUUCAUAACAAUGACAUAUAUAGAAGCUAAAGAAAUACUAAGAAAGAAAGGCUUGCCGGACACAGAAGUUGGUAUUAAUAAAGAACAAGAGCUUGCUUUAGUUGCUCAUUGUGAUAAUGUUCCUGUGUUUGUGGUCAGGUGGCCGAAGGAACAGAAAUCUUUUUAUAUGAAAGAGUCACAGGAUAAUACUAAGGUUGAAGCAUUAGAUCUUUUAGCACCUAUUACUGGAGAAAUAGUAGGCGGUAGUCUAAGAGAAGAUGAUUACAAUAAAUUAAAGUCAAAUCUACCUUCAGAAGCUCUUAAUUGGUAUUUGGAAUUAAGAAAGUUUGGAAACAUACCUACAGGUGGAUAUGGAUUGGGUUUGGAGCGUUUGUUACAAGUUCUUUGCAGUGUACCCAAUAUAAAAGAUACCUUGCCAUUCCCAAGAUGGCCGCAUAACUGUGAUAUGUAAAUCUAAGUUGUAAUGUUUAAGAAAAUAAAAAUUUUAAUUACCUUUA